AUGACGAAAAUACGUGAGUAUGCAUUGGAGGUUUUGGGACUCCAACUGCCUAAAGAUCAAGACUUACUGUGGAUUGCCAGAGAAGGAAUCAAUGCUCCACUGCCUGACGACUGGAAACCAUGUCAAGAUGGCAAUGGUGAUAUCUACUACUUCAACUUUGCCACCGGAGACAGUGUGUGGGAUCAUCCAUGUGAUGAGUACUACCGCAAGAUGGUGCAGGAAGAAAGGGACAAGAAGAAAGGAGGAGGUUCAUCUGGUAAGAAGCCAGGAAAGAAGAAAAAGGAGAAAAAGGAAAAGGGUGGAAACUCCCCAGCAUUGAAGGCACAAACACAGGGACUCGGUCUGCUAAAGGGUGAGCCCACCAGCCCCCUGGGAACCCUGGGUCCAUUAACCGGUUCUUUAGGCAGCACUGGUCGGUCAGGAGGGCUCGGCAGUCUGGCUCCCCUGAAAACUGAACCUUUGUCUCCACUGGGAUCACUGAGAGGAGGUCCUGGCAGCCUGGGUAUGGACGUGCCCCGAGGCUUGGGUGGAAGCCUGAACAGGUCCGGUGGUGUUGGGGAGGGGAUCAACCUUUUAACAAGCCUCGACAGGGAUGAUGACAGUGAGAGCUCAGCAGGCCUUGGCAAGGGUAAACAGUUCAACCUCGAUGACCUUGACAUUGGAAAUCUGGGAUAUGAGUCUUCAGAAGGUAGUGACAAACCGGAGGACAGACAAAUGCUUGGAGGGUCGUCUGAAGAGUCUGAUGAUGAUGAUGGGAAGGAUGUGGAUUUUGGCAUCCCUAAUCCACUUGACAGCAUGAACAGGUCCAUGAAGUCAGGAUCCUCCAUGUCUCCUGAUGCAGUUUUAAGACCAUCUUUUCAGUUAGAGAAGCAUCAGGAAAGCCCCAAACCUGCAGUAACAACUGACAGGAUAAGGAAAGUGCCUGCAUUGCAAAUACAGGAUGAUGAUGAUGAAGAAGGUGAGAAGGCUAGGAUGGCUCUUAUGGAAGAAAAGGAAAAAGAACUGGAAAAGCUACGAGAGAAGGUGAAAGAAGAGGAGGAGAAGGAGAGGGUCAAAUUGAAUCAGGAGAAAGAAAUGAACCUCAGAUCUCUAAGGCUAAAGAUAAAAGAGGAAACAACCAAUGAGGAGGCUGCUUUAAAGGAAGGCCAACAGGAUGCCCUACAGAAGCUUCGCAGUCAGCUGGCACGGGAGAGGGAAGAGGAGGAAAACAGGAUCAGGAAAGAGUCAAAGACUGCGUUGGAUAAGUUACGUAAUGAAAUGUCAAAAUUGGAGGCUGAGGAGGAAACUAAGAAGCAGAAGGCUGCGAGGAAGGCUGCAGAGGAAGAGGAGAAUGCUGCUGAACAGGAGAGGUCCAGGUUAAAGCAGGAACAUGACAAGGAACUACAGCAGUACAAAGCACAGCUUGAGGAAGAGCUGGACCAGAUGUUAGAUGAAAUCAAGGCUGAACAUGAAGAAACAGCUGCCCAGAGGAGAGGAGAGCUGCAGGACGAGCAUGACCAGGCCAUGGAGGAGCUGGCUCAGCAGGAGAGGGAGCUGCAGCAGGAGAGAACUCAGAGGGAGGAGCAGGUACAGAAGGCAGCAGGCACCCGGCAGCAGGCUGUGGAGGACUAUGAACAUGAGUUGAGUGAUGUUCUAGAAGAAAGGAGAGCAGAAAUUGAACAGAAGCACCAGAAGGAAAUGGACAGGCUGAAAGAGAAACAUCAAGAGAGGUUGGCCAGUCUACAACAGGAACAUAAAGAGAAAGAACAAAAAGAAAAGUCUGCCCUUGAGAAAAAGCUGGAGGCAGAUCUUCAGAAACAUGCUAAAGAAAAUGAAAAGAAGCUAGGAGAACUUGAGCGUGACAAGAAGGCCAAGACCAAAGAGAUGGAGAACUGGCAAGGUGAGGUCAAGCAGAUGGAAGAGAAGCUGGACAGGAGAAAGAAGGACCUUCAGCAGACAAGCAAAGAUCUGGAUAAGGAGGUCAGUACACUAUACAUACACUGCUAGGUGGACUU